AGCAUUCUUCUAUGUCUAUGCGAUAUAUGUGAACAUAACCUCUAACCUCAGCAUUUUCAUAGAAACAAGCAAUAGAAGAACAGACAGGCUUUUGUGGUGGCUAGAAUUGUAUUAUUUUCUCACAAUGGGCCCUGAAAAACAUGUGGGUUGCUUGGUAGUGGACACAACCGCGUUCAUACAAAACGCUCAGCUUCAGAAUGUAGCAGAAACCAUUAUAACUUGCCCUGAAGUGGUAGCAGAAAUAAAAAACAAGCGGCAACUUAAACGACUAGUAGUCCUCCCCUACGAUUUAAUUGUCAAAGAGGCUUUUCCUGAAAACAUACAUGUAGUAAGCGAGUUUGCUAAAAAAACUGGUGAUUAUCCCAGUCUUUCCGCAACGGACAUCAAAGUUAUGGCGCUCACAUACCAAUUAGAGAAAGAAAAAGUCGGGACAGAUCACAUCAGACUUGUGCCACUCAUGCGAAAAGCUGAGAUUACUACAGAAAAUAAGCCAGCAGAUAUCAGUUCGAACGAACCAGGUUUCUACUUACCCAGUAAAACGAAGAAAAACCAGACUGAGAAUGAUGUUGAAGAAGAGUCAAAGGAACAGCAAACUGGAGAAUCUGAAUUGAUUGAGGACAAUACCGAAGUAAAGCAAGAUAUCACAAUUGAGAAACAAUCACCUACAGAAGAUCAUGGCUCUGAGAGCGAUGAAUACGAGACAGCAUCGGAAUCUGAUGAACACGACAGCUUAGCGGACGUUUUGGUUCCAGUGCUCAGCAAUUAUGAAGAGGAAUCUGAAGAAAGCGAUGAGGAAGAUGAUGAGGAUGACGGCACAGGUUGGAUAACACCUUCCAACAUCAAACAAUUCAAAAAAACCUCUGAACUGGCUGUAGAAAAAAAAGUUGAGGUAGCUUGCAUGACAACAGACUUUGCGAUGCAGAACGUGCUUCGCCAAAUGAACUUGAACGUCAGCGCCUUAGACGGACGCCUCAUCAAACACCUGAGGACCUACAUCCUCCGCUGCUACGCCUGUUUCAAGACUACGAGUGUAAUGACUAAGAAGUUCUGUCCAAAGUGUGGGAACGACACCCUGAAGAAGGUAGCCGUGUCUUUGGACGAGAAUGGGAAACUUCAGAUACAUAUUAAUGCCAAAAGGCCGCUCACUGCACGAGGAAAGAAGUUCAGUUUGCCUCGGAUCAGAGGAGGAAAGCAUCCUAAUAAUCCUAUUUUAGUUGAGGAUCAGCCGAUGCCUCAUAACAUGCCGUCGAGGUUGGCAAGAAUGAAAAACAACCCCAUGGAAGAGGACUACGUUGCAGGAGUCUCGCCUUUCGUCAUGAGAGACAUCAGUUCUAAAUCCGCACAGCUCUGCAUCAGACCUGGCCAAGAGUUCAAAUACUGGAUGAGAAAGAAUCCCAAUGAAGCUCGAAGAAAAAGAAAAUGAAAUUAUAUUGUUAGAAAAUAUAUAAGUUUAUUUCAAAGUUA